AUGACUCAAAUCAUAACCCAAGAAGAAAGUUCGGUCGCUCGUGCCGAGGAACCAGAGGCUAGCGAAGAACCCGAAGAACAUGAAGAAAUUGAAGAUCAAAAACCAGCUAUCGAAGAGGAAUGUGGCAGUACUCCGGCUUGCUCACCCCUAAAGCAUCAUCUUGAAGAAUGCGCUCGUAGGGUAGAGUCCGGAGACACCGAGGAAAACU